AUGCAACAAUCAGAUGUGACCACUCUGACCAUAGCCCUCGUAUCGCUCCUCAUUAUUCUCGUUUACCAUGGCUGGCUAUGGAUUGCCACUCGAAUCAAUCCAAAUAGAACUGUUAUCGGUCUCACACGGGCUGCCAGGCGAGCUUGGUGCAGAGUCGUUGUAGAAAAGAAGGAUGGCAUCUUAACAGUGCAAACGCUGAGGAACUGGCUGAUGACGUCUUCCCUUCUCGCAACUGCUUCCGUUACGAUCACCAUUGGGUUGACCGCUUUCGUCAGCAACUUGAGCAAAAGCAACAAUGCCAAUCUUUUGAGUUUGGAUAUUUAUCAAUGGAAAUUUGUUAUUCUGAUUAGCUUUUACGCGGGCGCGUUCUUCAGCUUCACCCAAGCCAUGAGGUAUUUUACCCACAUUGGAUUCCUCAUCACGGCAUCAGCGGGAAUGCGGGAAACCAAUGAGAUCAGGCAACAAAGAAGAGCCAGUGCUCAGUCGAGCCAAUAUAACAUCAACGGUGCAGAGUCCUCUCAAGUAGUCUCACAGGAAAUAGAAAAUGAGGAGGAGAGAAAGGACAGACAACUUUUGGAUGCUAUGCUUGUUGAGGGACAUUUGGAUUUCGAUGUGAUUUGCGAAUUGUUAAACCGAGGGGCCAUGUUUCAUACCUUCGGGUUGCGCGGGUUUUACCUAACGUUUCCCCUGAUAUUACAUGAACGUAGGGCAUUGGAAAAGAAGGCCGGUGAAGCGAAGACAAAGGAGUUUCCAUUUGACGGACCUGCAUAUAAGAAGUGCGGGGCCCUGAUUGUACCCUCUAGCCGAGACUAG